CAAGAAACCAUGUACCCAUUAAAACCAACAUGUUUGAUAGAUUUUGAUGAAAUUUCUCCUGAACGACAUGAUUUUGCUUUAAUGUUACUUUGUUCGAGAUCACUUUAUCGCAUUCAACUAAAAUGUUUUGAACAUAAUGUUCUUAAUAAUCAAGAUAUUCGUGAUAUAGUUCAACGGGAAGUUGAUAGAUUACCUAAAUUAUUAUCGGUAAUUGGAGCAUCGUUAGAAGCGAACGGAUCUUAUAAUGCUAAUCAUCAUGAAAAUUUAAUGAUGUUAGAUUUCUGUAAACAAAUUACAAAUUCAAAUGACCCUUUAGAUAUAAUUAGAAGUCUUUUAACAGCUGAACAAAAUUCCAGAUCGUUAAAAAGUUCUAGUGAUAAAAAAGUUAAAAAAAUGUACAGAAAUCUAAUUAAUUUAAUUGAUGAUUUAAAGAAAUUUAUGCAAAAUCGUAACUCAACUGAUGAUUCAACCAAUUUAUCCUCUUCCGCUACUCGAAAACGCAACAAUUUUCGACCGGUUUAUUUCAUGGGAAAUUAUUGUGUUUGUACUGAAGGUAUUCCUGGAAGUGGAGAAGAAACUUUUAUUCAUCCGCCCACAGCACUUCUUUGGCUUCCCGUCCUUACUAAUAAGGAACGUAUCACUCAACAUACGACCUCGGCAUUUUCUUUACGUAAGAAAACAGAAUUCGCUAAAAAUAAUGGACCUUCAUUUAGACCUCAAUUAUUACGAAUGAAUUUUGUUCAAACAUUUGGUCGUAGACAAUUACAACAAUCAUCUACAACGAGAUCUUUGUCGGGAGAGAAAUCUCGUCGUGUUACGAACCAUUCUUCUUCACAAAAUUCUUUACAGCAAUCACAAUCGACUCAGAGUCAAGAUUCUCCAUCGUCUUCGUCGCAUUCACACGUGCCUGUAACAUCGAUUAAUGCGAUUCUUAAUCAUGCAUCAAUUUCUAAUACUUUUAAUACCACCAACACUACUGGUUCGUUGUCAAACGCUUUACAACCAGGGUUACAACCAGGAUUACAACCAGGAUUACAACCAGGACUACAACCAGGAUUACAACCAGCAGGAUUACAACCAGCAGGAUUACAACCAGUACUACAACCAGGAUUACAACCAGUAUUGGUUAAACCAACACCUAAACGAGUUCCUUUUUCUAUAAAUACCGAUGUCUCAAGGAUUUUAUCAGCUCCUCGGAAUGAUAUGACCUCUAAGAUGGUUGCUACUACGACCUCAUAUAUGACACCAGUUCAAUCACCAAUUACUUCUAAUUGUAAUUGUAAUUGCAGUCCAUUAAGUGCAACAUAUGAUUUCAGAAAAUUAUGCCCUUGUAUAGUCAACAUGUCAGCUAAAUCGACAUCAACAUCUCUUAAUAAUAGUCUUAAUAAUAGUCUUAAUAGUCUUAAUAAUAGUAGCAACAAUCAAUUAUUAUCUCCUCCGUUAUUUAGUGUUGGUGGAAUCGAUUUUCCUUCGAGCAAUUCGCGUUACACACCCACACGAAAUUAUAGUUAUGGGUAUAACUCGGGAGUGUCGACAAAUUACGAUGGAACGUCAUCUUCAUCUUCGUCGCGUAAAAAUUCGUUAUUUUGA